UAGAAGCGGAAAAAAUAAGCGAGAUCUUUUUAGUGUAAUAAUGUUUAAUCGGUUUUUAUGACUGAACCGCUGCAGUAUCUACAUUUUGAAUACUGCGAAUACUGUCAGUAAACGGAAUAAGUGAUAAUCUGUACACCACCCAAUUCUCUCACCACCCAAUUCGGCCAAACUCCUUGGCCACAUAACUUCAAAAAGCCACAGACGUAAAAUUCCAUAUCAAAUCCAGUCACUUCCCUAUCCAAGCUCAACAAGCCGAAAUUAAAGGAAUAAUCCGCUCCACAACGAUAAUAUGGUAUGCAUUCUUCGAUUUUUCCAGUAACUUCAGUGUUUAACAGCCUGCAGUACACCAGAUUUUCAAGUUCAGCAAAUAACUGCUUACUAUUACUAAAAAUAAGACAUAAAGAAAUCCGACGAACUAAAAGCGCUACAAUUGCGACGUUUUACUCGAAAUAUACAAAUACGGAAUUAAUCCAAGACGUGUUUACUUGUGACAUGUGCAAGUUGAUGCGGCGUAUUCAUCCAAAAGCGAUCUCCAGUGGGACACCAUUUCCAAUGUUUCCGGUUGAUUAUGCAUUUGACUUUCCUUAUCAAAAUUCCUCGAGCGGGGAUGCUCUGGCACAGGAACCUCGUACAAAUGUUUGACUGCAUCCAUUCGAAAUCCGUCCACACCUCUUUUCAACCAAAACAGUAAAACAUCAUCCAUUGCCUGGACAACAGCCGGACAACGGAAAUUCAAGUCCGGCUGGGACGGAAGGAACUGGUGGAGAUAGUACUGACUCCGCCUAUCGCACCAUUCCCAUGCUGAACCACCAAAAACACUGUUCUAAAUCAGAAGGGAUACUCUCGUGAUUAAAAUUUCGUCAGAUAUCGUUCAAAAGAGCACCUACCCAAAGGGUCGGCGGAGCCGGUAUGGAAAUGCCGCGCCUAUUCACAGACCGGGAAGUGUCGCCGCUGUGCCAUACGUAGUAAUCAGCGUAUGGAUUGAUCCGAUUGUCCCGACUGGCCUCAAACCACGGAUGUUUGUCGCUCGUAUGAUUUGGCACAAAAUCCACGAUCACAUAGAUACCUAAAACCAGUGCGGGAAGUUCGUGUCUCCGGCGGCCGGAAUGCGAAAAACUUAGCAUGCCAGCACAAAUCUGUUUUAUUGGCAAGCAGCAUUUCAGCUGUGGUUGGACAGGUAACGUGGAAAGUUAAAAUGUACCCAGUGAAUGUGCUGCACUGAUCAGCUGAUCAAAGUCGGCAAGCUUUCCGAAUAUGGGAUCAACCUGACAGAAGUCCGAAAUAUCGUAGCCAAAAUCUUCCAUGGGCGAUUCAUAAAACGGACUUAUCCAAAUUGACUCAAUACCGAGUUCCUUCAGAUAAGGCAAACGUGAUGUGAUACCUGCAAUAAAGAACAAAAUGAACUAAAUUCAGCACUUCCAGCACCAGUUUGCGGAUUGUUAUUGAAAUUAAACUUCUUACCUGCAAGAUCUCCAAUUCCAUCUCCACUGGCGUCCUGAAAGCUUCUCGGGUAAAUUUGGUAAACGAUUGUGUUGUGCCACCAUUCUCGGUCGAAAGUACGCUGCUCAUCAGAUGCUGCUGACAAAUUCUUUCCCAAAGGAUACAGAUCGAAGCAAAACUUUUUAUGUUGUCUCCGACGGCUUUUGUCGGUCUGAUCAGCUGCAGAUAAGUCCAUGGCGGAAAAAGGAACCCACAAUCUAAACAGGCGGAUGUCGGACAAAAGGUGGAGGGAAAAACUGACCUGUUCCGCCUUGGAUGGUCUGCAAUGCUUUUGAAAAUGUAGCGAAAGGAAAUGACAAUUUGAUAGAUAUAAGAAUGCAACGAGUAAUCAGUAAUACUGCAUUACUAAUAGAGUAACAGUAGUGUAAUUUUAUUAAAGAAGUAAAUGCGGAAAACGGCAACAGGUGAAUUAAAUCUGCUCUGUUAUAUCCGUUCGUGGGAACGGUAAAAAAGAAAUUCGCGAAAAUUUUGUGAUAACAUCAGCUGAUAUAAUCUCCCAGCUUCGCCUGAGGGUGGCUGCUGCACACGUCAGGAGGUACAGGCCCUUCAUUGAACAUGUAAAGCGACAUGAGCAAAUCCAAAACAAUCUGGGUAGGUCGUUCAUACCAUGCUCAUUCUUACUGUAUCAUCUUUCCAGUUAUUAACAGCUGGUUUGCUUUUUGAAAGGCAUAACUAUAAGUAUAACAGUUGAAUCCCCCUUUUACUCUGGAUUGUUUUUCUUUAUUUGGCUACCAUGUCUCUCCGUGAACCAAAGUUUUCAUUGGUCGAGUUGUUUGAGUAUAACAACGAGACCAGUCGCAGAAAUGGGACGCACUGCGGAUACUGCCAGGGGAGUCGAAGUAUUUCUGAUGGGAUUUGGGGAUAUCGUUUAACGGUAACGGAUUAUCAGAAUCUGUUACAAAGAGGAUGGCGUCGGAGUGGCAAAUACAUCUACAAGCCCGUGAUGAAGAAAACCUGCUGCCCGCAGUACGCUAUCCGCUGUGAAGCACUGAAGUUUCAGCCGACUAAAUCGCAGAAAAAAGUACUGCGGAGAAUGUAUAACUAUCUGGCAUGGGGCAAAGGCGAGGAGCGUAUCCGCUCCACGACCGUUGCUGCGCGCAUGAAUGGUCAGUCGUCGGAUUCCGAUUUGCAGGAUGCUCUGGAUGACGAUGACGACAGCGCGUCCACCUCGGACGAGAUGGAGGUGGAAGGCGCAGGUGGCGCCGAAGAAAUGCCCCACGUGGAAGAGCCGCCUUCGGACACUCAUCCGGAAAAUAUUGUCGUUAAUUCUGACAAUAUACCAUCCAUCGGGCACCUGCCUGCGCCAGUUCCAAUCAGCUCCAGUUCGCUGACGCAGCCCAUCGUGGUCACGCAGAGAAAUCAUGUUCCACCCGCGAAAGGAAAAGGCCCGGAUCCUAAUAAGCCCCUUCAGCGGAAGGCUAAAGAGGUUCGUCGCGAGAAGAAAGCUCAGAAAUUGCUCAGACAAGGAGUUAACCCUACUCCACCGAAAUCUAGCAAAUCGACCAGCAACAGUUUGGAGACGUAUUUAGAAAAGCCACUCCCAGAUGAGCCUAAACAUCACCUGGAAUUCCGCCUGAUCAGCACCAGUGAUAAUGAUCGUGAUUCGGAGUUUACGCGGACAUUCGACGACGUAUUCCAGGUGUACGCUAAAUAUGAGCUGACCAUCCACAAAAAGGACGCCGAUCAUCCCACACCCAAACAGUUCUCGCGUUUUCUCGCCGAAAGUCCCUUACAGCGGCAGCUGGCGCCUGAGCAAGCAGAUAAUGACGAGGGCGUCUAUGGUAGUUUCCAUCUGCAUUAUGUGCUGGAUGGAAAAAUUAUCGGAGUGGAUGUCGUCGAUGUACUACCGGAUUGUUUGACCUCGGUGUAUUUUUUCUACGAUCCCGAUUACAGUUACUUAUCACUGGGCACUUACUCCGUUCUACGCGAGAUGUAUAUGGUGCGCCAGUUGCACACGCGCUUCCCGUCGAUUCAGUUUGCUAGUUUGGGAUUCUACGUGCACUCAUGCGCCAAAAUGCAUUAUAAAGCCACAUUUCAGCCUUCUUUUUUAUUAUGUCCCGAAACAUAUACUUGGCAUCCACUUCCCGCAUGCCUUCCCAAGCUAUCUGUGACAGGAUAUCAGCGUCUGGCUAGACCGGAAAUCCCGGACGAAGAAGGAAGAGUGUGUGAAUAUGUCAACCAGACACUAAUUUUAUUCAAGCGGAAUCUUAUGACGUUUGAAUUAUAUCGCAUUACACUUCAGAGAUCGGUACAGCCUGCGGCUGUAGUGUUACGAAAGGAAGUCGAGAGAGUGACGGGCUAUGCGCUUUUGGUGGGACGCCAGUGUGCGCCCACAAUGGCGCUGUACUGUGAUAAUGCCCCUAUUCAUCAGCCGUCUUCGUGAAGCCUUCUGACCAUGAGCUAUAAUUGUGUGGUACGAUUCCGCUGGUUUGACGUUUGCCAGUUGCAAGCCAUGAAUUCGAACUUGGGACUUUUGUUUUGUACUUGGCAUUGUUUUAUUAGAGUGCAAGCCUUAUUAUCGUGUUCCCUUCGCUUCUCGCGCUAAUGGUUCUGUACUUUUGAAAUGUGCACGCUACAGUGAUUUCUUCCUGUGAUUUCCAGACCACCUGCAUUUUGUGUGUCAGCAGUCUGCAAACGGUAUGCUACCGGACUUGCUCCAAUUAUUCGCACCGUAAAACAAAAAAAACGAA